AUGCGUAAAUUAGAUCGUAUUUUGGGAAAUUCAGCUUUCAUUGCUAGAUUUGGGGACGCCUCGGUUUUCUUUGAACCAAGGGGGAUCUCAGAUCAUUCUCCGSGAAUUCUUUCCUUCAAAGUUGGUAGGCGACUUCGUCAACGUGGUUUCAAAUUUGAUAAUUUUGUGACUUCUCAUGUGGACUUCCUUAAGUCCGUGGAGGGGGUGUGGAUGAAGCCUCAGAGAGACCCGUUUAAUGAUUUGCUGAAAGAGGACAUUGCUCACCUCUUGUUAGCAUAUCAAAAAGCUAGAAAUGAUCAAGUGGAAAUGGUUCGACAAAAAGCAAAGAUUUCUUGGCUUAAUGAAGGGGAUGGAAACUCAAAGUUCUUCUUUCAUGCUAUGAGAGAGAAGCGUAAUAGGAGCCAUAUUGCUACUAUUAUGGAUUCUUUUGGUACUGUUUUUGAACAUCACGAUGUUCCAAAAGCUUUUGUUAAUCAUUUUGAAGGUAUUCUGGGUACUUCUAAUAUGUUGGUUCGUCCUUCUAUGGUGGAUUGUUCUUUUGUUCACUCUUUAUCGUUAUCGGACUCUCUGCAUUUAAUCAGACCUAUUACAGAUAUGGAAAUACAGACUGCUCUGUUCGAUAUUGGGAAUGACAAGGCUCCUGGACCUGAUGGGUUCUCGUCAAAGUUCUUUAAAGCGGCUUGGAGUGUGGUUGGUAGGGAUGUUCUUAUUGCGGUACAUAAUUUUUUCUACUUUGGAAAUUUAGAUAAAAUUAUUGCUGAUCGGAUAAAAGGCUCAUUGGAUGUUCUUAUUAGCAAGGCUCAAUCUGCGUUCAUCCCUGGACGACAGAUAACUGAUAAUAUUUUAAUGGCGCAUGAGCUUGUAGCUGGCUAUCAAAAACCUCAAGGGGAGCCAAAGUGUGCGUUUAAGAUUGAUAUUCGGAAAGCUUAUGAUACAGUUGACUGGUAG